AAACAGUGACCCAGAAGCAGGUGGACAAAGAAUUCAGGGACUGACAGAAACGGAGCUUGGAACCCAGACUGAAACUGGUUCCAGAUUGACUUCUAGCAUCCAGGACCCAGACACAGGGCCAUGGGACCCCAGCAUUUGAGACCUGUGCAGCUGCUCUGCCUCCUGGGGACUAUCUCCACGCUGCCUCGGACUGAAGCUCUUUUGUGCUAUGAGGCAACAGCCUCAGCCUUCAGAGCUGUUGCUUUUCAUAACUGGAAGUGGCUUCUGAUGAGAAGUAUGGUGUGUAAGCUGAAGGAAGGCUGCGAGGAGACGCUAGUGCUCAUCGAGACAGGGGCCAGAAGAGGAGUUGUGGGUUUUAAAGGCUGCAGCUCAGCCUUAUCUUACCCUUCCCAAAUCUCCUACCUCGUUUCACCACCUGGAGUGUCCAUUGCCUCCUAUAGUCGAGUCUGCCGGACUUAUCUCUGCAACAACCUUACCAAUUUGGAGCCUUUUGUGAACCUCAAAGCCAAAGCUCCUAAGUCUACAACAUCUUCUUCCUACAAUUGUCCAACCUGUGUGGGCGAGCACACUAAGAGUUGCCUUCCAAAUUUUGUCACCACCGCUGCUUGCCCCGACACCGCUCCUACGUGUUACAGUUCUACCUUAAAAUUUCAGGCAGGGCUUCUCAAUACCACCUUCCUCCUCAUGGGCUGUGCUCGUGAACAUCACCAGCUUUUAGCAGAUUUUCAGCAUAUUGGGAGCAUCAGAGUGUCUGAGGUCCUCAACAUCUUAGAGAAGUCCCAGAUUGCUGGUGCAGGGCCCUCCAGGCAGCGCCCUGCUUGGGGCAUCCUCUUAGGUCUCCUGCUUGCCUUCAGGGACUGACUGUCUAGCUGGACUAGACAAACACCCAGACCCCUUUGCAUCACCAAAUAAAGUUGCAGAGUUACCUU